AUGAUAAAAACAGUAAAAGUCGAUAACGACAAGAUAAAGUUACAAAUCUGGGAUACGGCUGGACAAGAACGCUUCCGAUCGAUCACUCAGAGUUAUUAUCGCAGUGCUCAUGCUAUUGUACUAGUUUAUGAUGUUGCUAAUCAGCCAUCUUUCGACUGUCUACCUGAAUGGUUGGCUGAGAUAGAAUCUUAUGCUAAUAGGAAAGUACUUCAAAAUUUUAGUUGCGUGCUGUCAGUUGCUCAAACACUCACGAUGGCAAUAUUUUCAGGAAAUAAAGUAGAUAAAGGCGAUGAACGUGAAGUCCCAGAGCGAGUAGGUGUGGAUUUUUCUGAAGUCAACGGUUUUGACUAUUUUCUCGAAACAUCAGCCUUAGAUGCUACAAAUGUUGACAAUCUCUUCGAGCAUGUCGCUCGAAGGUUGACCAAUUCCAUGAAGGCCACUGAUCAGAGAUACAGUAACUACAAGGCCAAUUAUGUUACUGGAACGCAGCCAGUUAAUAUUAUAGAAAGAGCCCAAAAUACUGUCAAUUCGUGCUGCGGAAGAACAUAA